AUCUAGGCCAUGUUGAAGCCUCAAACCGUGCGAGGCCUGUCGCGGAGGCUGCCCCAUUUUGCUCCAUCAUGCACAUCUCAAGUCGUUCACUCUGGUAGGCGGCAUCUGGCCUCGGCCGCCGCAGAGGAGAAGGAUCCUGCAGAGCUUGACCAAAUAACCACCCUCCCGAAUGGCAUCCGCGUUGCGACCGAAGCCCUCCCGGGCCAUUUCUCCGGCAUUGGCGUCUACGUUGAUGCCGGUUCGAGAUACGAGAACGAAGCACUGCGAGGCGUCAGUCAUAUCGUGGAUCGGCUUGCCUUCAAGUCUACAAAGUUGAGGACGUCAGACGAGAUGAUAGAGUCUCUAGAGUCGCUGGGUGGUAACAUCCAGUGCGCCUCGUCCCGGGAGUCCAUCAUGUACCAGUCGGCAACCUUCAACUCCGCCGUUCCCACCACCGUUGCGCUUCUCGCCGAGACUAUCCGGGACCCCCUCAUCACGGAUGAAGAGGUUGAACAGCAGCUUGAGACUGCCGACUACGAGAUCGGCGAGAUAUGGUCGAAGCCGGAGCUGAUUCUGCCAGAAUUGGUGCAUAUGGCCGCUUAUAAAGAUAACACACUAGGAAACCCUUUACUUUGUCCAAAAGAACGUCUUCCGGAAAUAAAUCGCGCAGUAGUAGAGGCGUAUCGUAGCGAGUUUUACAAGCCAGAAAGAAUAGUAGUCGCCUUUGCUGGAGUGGAACACAACGAGGGCGUAAGACUUGCGGAAGAAUACUUCGGCGACAUGACCAAAGGACAAGGCCCGGCAUUGCUAGGACUGGAUGGCCAGGAACUGUCCACUUUAGACGUCUCAACUCAGGAUCAAGCCUCAAUCUCGUCACCGUACAGCCCUUCCAGCACACCACCACAAGAGCCCUCCAAACUCCUCUCAAAGAUCCCCUUCUUCAAAAACCUCUCCACUUCUGCAACCUCAAACGCCUCUAUCCAGAACUCAUUCGACCCCUCAUCUGCCAACUUCUCCCCCAUCGACGUCUCUCUACCGUCCCGCUACACCGGCGGCUUCCUCACCCUCCCCACAAUCCCUCCGCCCCUCAACCCGAACAUGCCCCGCCUCUCCCACAUCCACAUCGCCUUCGAAGCCCUCCCGAUAUCCUCCCCGGACAUUUACGCCCUCGCAACCCUCCAAACCCUCCUUGGCGGUGGUGGUUCCUUCAGUGCUGGCGGCCCUGGGAAAGGCAUGUACUCGCGUCUCUACACCAACGUGCUGAACCAACACGGCUGGGUCGAGAGUUGCAUCGCCUUCAACAACAGCUAUACUGACAGCGGCCUCUUCGGAAUUGCGUCCUCCUGUGCUCCGGCGCAGGUGUCACAGAUGCUGGAGGUCAUGUGCCGCGAGUUGAAUGCGCUGGGGCAGGAUACAGGAUACUCUGCGCUGAAAGAGGGCGAAGUGCAGCGUGCGAAGAAUCAACUGAGAAGCAAUCUGCUUAUGAACCUGGAGAGUCGGAUGGUGGAGCUUGAGGAUUUGGGACGGCAGGUUCAGGUGCAUGGACGGAAGGUUGGCGUUAAGGAGAUGUGUAAGAAGAUUGAGGACGUCACGAUCCAAGACUUGCGGAGAGUGGCGAGGCAGGUCUUUGGUGGUGAGAUCCAGAACCCGGGCCAGGGGAGCGGAGCGCCGACGGUGGUGCUGCAAGAGGGUGAUCAGGAGGGCUUAAGGCGGAAGGACUUCAAGUGGCAGGAGAUCCAGGAACGCAUCGCGAGGUGGAAGCUUGGGAGGAGGUAGCGCUGCCAUUUAUACAGAAGCGUGCUUUCAGCAUUUGUACAGUACUGUAGCGUGUUGGAUCUCGAGCGGGGAUCUGGGAUCUAGAGGUAAAGGUAUGGGAUGG